CAGGGGGGAGUUUAGAGUACAACACCUGUUAAUACGGGAGUGUUGGCAACCCUAGUGAUGGUACACAUCGUGUUUAGUAAUGCUGACCUCUGAGAGAAGUUACAGCAUGCUGCAUAUGGAGAUGGCACAGACACUGAGUUCUGCUCCUCAGAGUAAGGCUGCUAAAGAAGAUUUAGUCAAGGUUGUGGUAUCAUCCCCAAAGAAGCUGGCCUCUCUAGAGGUACAGUGCAUUGCCAGGGUCCUGGACGAAUGCAUCCAGAAAGUGUACAUUGUGUUGCAGCUUCCCAGCCUGCUGGUCAGUCUUGAGGGGGUGUUUAUAGAUUUGGGGGAGGAGUUGGUAGAAGCUCUGAAGGAGCAUCAGCAAAUUGAAGACACUCUAGAUGCACAGCAUCUGAAGUACCUGGAGAUGGAGACAGAGGAGAGGCAAGCUGAGAUGGACAGGCUGGAGCAGGGGGUGAGGAGUUCACUCAAGAAUAUUCUCCAGCUUCUGUUUGCCAACCCAGCAGCUAUGCAGAUGUUGCAAAACAGAACUGUUUCCAUGGCGUCUCAUCAGCUGGUCCAGGGGCUGAAGAAAUUACAUGACCUUCUAUUGGAAAAACUGCUUAUAGGCCCAGGGGAGGAGUGGGAGAGGAACCAAAAUUUCAAGGAAGUAGCACAACAGCACAGAAGCAGCAUGGAGCUGGUCUCCUUGCUGGAAGCAGAGGUGACCACUGCAGUUCAAGAUCGGGAUGCUGAGAUUUCAAAUAAGAAUGAGAUCAUCUACAACUUGAAAACCUCCUUGUACCACAUGAAGAAGAGUAUGUUAGACUUUGUGACACAUACUCAAAAUGAUGCAGAGAAACAGAGCCAGUCAGACAGGAAGAUAUCAGAAGGGCGAUGCGUACAGCUACAGCAGGAGGUUAACCAGCUGCACAUACAGCUGAGCAACCUGAUUGCAGAAAACCGCGGAUAUGAGACAGUCCUCAGAAAGAGGGUGUACAAGAUUGAAAGUGAAACUGAAAACUGGAUCCAAAAGUAUGAUAAAGACAUAGGUGAAAAACAGGCUGAGCUAGAGGAGCUGUCCUCACUCUAUGUUAAGGAGAAGGAGGAACUGCAAGAGCUGGAGGAGCACUAUGCCCUGCUUGAGGUGGAGUUCCUACAAAUCAUGGAUGAAAAGAGGCUUGCUAAGCAGCAAGCGGAGAAGGAACAGCAGGAUCUGGCUGUGAGGAGCCGUGCUGCCCUGACCAUCCAGGCUUACUGGAGAGGCCACAGAGUACGCAAGAUGAUGAGGGUUAAAAGCAAGCACAAGAAAGGAAAGAAGGGAAAGUGAGUCCUGUUCCUAUUUCAGUUCAGGUUUCCAGGCUGAUUAUAUUUUUGCUAAAUGUUAACAAAGAUGGUAGGUUUCAGCUGACAUUUACAAAGCAUUAACAUAAGUGUUGUGGUUAAGAGGAUAGAAAUUUUGACUCAGAUCUCUAUUAGGGACUUGUAGCCUGUGACUGCUCUGUGUGUGGAGUAUCCUCUAGGUCAGGGUUCCGCAAUUCCGGUUCUGGAGGGCAUAUCUGCAAGAUAAUUUUCAGAUUUCUCUGCUUCAAACACACCUCAUUCAUCUCAUCAGCUAAUUGCCAGGUUUAGUAGGUGUGUUUGAACAGGGAAAUCUGAAAACCAUGUUGAAGACUGGCCCUCCAGGACCAGAACUGGGGAACCCUGCUCUAGAUACUCCAUUUUUCUUCUGCUGUCCAAAUAUGUGCAGCAGGCUAAUUGGUGUCUCCAAUUUGCCCAUGAUAUAUGAAUGCAUGUGUACAUGCCCCAUGUUAAACUGUGUGUACUCCAGCCUGGCCAGGCCCUCUUGCAAUCCUAACUAAGAUAAGUGGUUGGAAGAAGAGUGAGUGAUAUUAGUAUACAGUGAUGUUGAUGUAUGGCCAAUAUUCUUCCACAUAACAUGCAAAAAUAUUUUUAGAAAGUUUAUUCAUAUCAUAUGUGAAUUUAGUAUUGCAUACUGACUGGUGAUGCUUGGCUCACAAUAUAUGCUCUAUGCAUGUUAUGUACAAAUGUACUAAAAAUAAUGUACUGUUUUCGAAGUUUUAACUGUAAAACAAGCUAAUAAAGUAUAUAUUUCUCCCUUAAUCAAGA